UAUCUGUGAUCGCUGUGUACUGUGCAUCUGACGCUAAGGACACGUCAUUUUAGCAGUCGUGAUAGUUAGUUAUGCCCAUUUAAUUAUCGUUAUCUAAUGGACGAGGUUUGUGUAUACGUAGUAUUUGUUUGUAAAUGAAUCAUUGAAAUGGUUGGAGUAUCGAAUACCGACGUGGAUAACAGUUGAAUUGCGUUUGCUUUGUUUUGGACACACUGGUGUUAUUGUGUGGAGUGGACAAUCCUCUGUGCAUUGAGCGCCCCCUAGGGAUGCCUCAGCUGAGAGGGGAAAAUGUUGCAGCCUACCUUGACUUCAGAUCUAGAGGCAUUUUUGAUGCUGGCACUUUGUCAAAACUCAACUUGAAGAUUCUCAGGGGUAUUGUCCUCCAGGUAUGUGAAGUGCAAUGUAUUAAGUAAUUGAAUAUAUUAAUUCCACAAAAAUAAAUCUGAGUAAUGGCUUUUAUUCAUUUACUCUAGGACAGCAAAGACUUCACCAAAGUUUGGACCAAGUCCUCGAAAUCCACUAUAUUUUAUGAGAGUGGGAGGAUUUAUUUUGAAAAUUAUCAGUGCUGCUUCAGUAGGUAAUGUGUAUAUUUUAUUUUCAAACUACAUUAUGUGGCAUUGUUAUGGUUCAUGACAUGAGUACCUUUAGGAACUACUGUACUUCUUUUUAAAAUAAAAAAUAUCAUUUUCAGCCUUCCAUCUGAGCCACAACUUCUGUAUGAAUUACCCAAGCGGUCCAAAACGGAGAAGAUUGAAGAUGCAUUGCUAUGCCAGUGCCCUCUUGUAAGUGAACUAAUAUUUUCCAUCUUAACCAGUUCACGGUUGCUGUAUAGAAAUGUAACAGGUCUCAACAGCAUAGAAUUCCUAAGAAGUCCAUAUAUAUCACUUCCAGUUUUUAGUUCUGUACAUCUACAGCAUCGCUGUGGACUAUUGAACUAUAGACUAGAGAAUGUACUGUACUUUGCUUUUUGUAUUUAUAAAGUGCAUGUUUUAUUGUCCGUUAUAACUAUUUCUGACAGCAAUAAAUGCCCCCUUGGGGAUGAAUAAAGUUCAUUAAAUGUAAUUGUAAAUGAGUAUAAAUGAUAUAAACAGAGUGCUGUACUAGUGUUAUCCUAAUUAACCAUCAUUAUGUUUACCCCCAUAGGACAAAGGGUUGCCAACACCGUCAGAUCAAAAACCUAGCCUCUUGGCCUUGACCGGCAAUAAUUGGCUGUAUCGCUUCUCAGCUGUGACAGGACAACAAUUGGAGAAAGUUUACUUGUCCCCACAUUACAAGUUCAGGUAAAUGGCAGUUGUAUGUGAUGUACAAUAAACAUUUCUUCCACAAAUCAUGAACCCAACAGAUCUCUUUUUAUUAUUAUUGUGGUUCCUCUUGUUGCAGGUAACCACUUAUUUUACUUAACAUAACACAUUUUUUCGAUAUCAGAUACCUUGGCUGGGAUGUAUCGCAGGAGACAUUUUAUGUCAAGUCCAUUCAGAAUAAAGUGACAUCUUCAGCAAGACAGGUGUGGUUUCCACUAGUCUGAUAUGCCCAUUCAUCUUAGAAUUAGCCUUUGUAUAGUAGAACCAUUCCAUGUAGUUUUUCUCUUUUGUGACUGGUGAAAUCUGAGAAGUAUUCACUUAUUUCCUAUCCUAACUCUCACAGGCAGGUUUCAACCAAAACACCUUGCUGUACCUCGCCGUGUUCCGCAUUUUCCCCCUGCAACUUGUGGGCGUUCUGGAGAUCAACAAAAGUGUAUGCAACAUUUUGUUUCUUUAAGUCAUGUAUUUUUGUAAUGAUAUAUUUAUCUGUUGUUCAGUGUAUUCAGACCCCUUCCCUUUUCCCACAUUUUGUUACGUUACAGCCUUAUUCUAAAGUGGAUUAAAUAAAUAAAAAUCCUCAUCAAUCUACACACAAUACCCCAUAAUGACAAAGCAAAAACAAUUUCUUAGAUUUUUUAGCAAAUUUAUAAAAAAUUAAAAACAUUUUAUUUACAUAAGUAUUGCUAUGAGACUUGAACUUGAGCUCAAGUGCAUACUGUUUCCAUUGAUCAUCCUUGAUGUUUCUACAACUUGAUUGGAGUCCACCUGUGGUAAAGUCAAUUGAUUGGACAUGAUUUGGAAAGGCACUCACCUGUCUAUAUAAGGUCCCACAGUUGACAGUGCAUGUCAGAGCAAAAACCAAGCCAUGAAGUCGAAGGAAUUGUCCAUAGAGCUCCGGGACAGGAUUGUGUCGAGGCACAAAUCUGGGGAAGGGUACAGCAUUGAAGGUCCCCAAGAACACAGUGGCCUCCAUCAUUCUUAAAUGGAAGAAGUUUGGAACCACCAAGACUCUUCCAGGAGCUGUCCACCCGGCCAAACUGAGCAAUCGUGGGAGAAAAGCCUUAAUCAGGGAGGUGACCAAGAACCCGAUGGUCACUCUGACAGAGCUCCUCUGUGGAUGGGAGAACCUUACAGAAGGACAACCAUUUCUGCAGCACUCCACCCAUCAAGCCUUUAUGGGAGAGUGGCCAGACGGAAGCCACUCCUCAGUAAAAGGCACAUGACAGCCCGCUUGGAGUUUGCCAAAAGGCACCUAAAGGACUCUGACCAUGAGAAAUACGAUUCUCUGGUCUGAUGAAACCAAGAUUGAACUUUUUGGCCUGAAUGCCAAGCGUCACGUCUGGAGGGAACCUGGCACCAUCCCUACGGUGAAGCAUGGUGGUGGCAGCAUCAUGCUGUGGGGAUGUUUUUCAGCGGCAGGGACUGGGAGACUAGUCAGGAUAGAGGGAAAGAUGAACGGCGCAAAGUACAGAGAGAUCCUUGAUGAAAACCUGCUCCAGAGCGCUCAGGACCUCAGACUGGGCUGAAGGUUCACCUUCCAACAGGACAACGACCCUAAGAACACAGCCAAGACAACGCCCGAGUGGCUUCAGGACAAGUCUCUGAAUGUCCUUGAGUGGCCCAGCCAGAGCCCGGACUUGAACCCGAUCGAACAUCUCUGGAGAGACCUGAAAAUAGCUGUGCAGCAACUCUCCCAAGAAGACUCAAGGCUGUAAUCGCUGCCAAAAGUGCUUCAACAAAGUACUGAGUAAAGGGUCUGAAUACUUGUGUAAAUGUGAUUAUAUAUUUUUUACAAUUCCCCAAAUGUCCCAAAACCUGUUUUGGCUUUGUCAUUAUGGGGUAUUGUGUGUAAAACAAUUGAAUCCAUUUUAGAAUAAGGCUGUAAAGUAACAAAAUGUGGAAAAGGGGAAGGGGUCUGAAUACUUUCCGAAUGCACUGUAUGUCUCUGUCAUUUCAGAUAUUUGGAAGCACUGUCAUUGAUGUAGUUCUGUCCCAAGGGGUCCUUGCAGUUUCUCACAGUACCAAGACUGUGAAGCUCUAUAGCUUUGAAGACAUUCUGAAUAAGGUGUGAAUUUAUGAUUAACUAUAACAUUUCAGUGGUUUUAAUGGAUGCUUCUUAAAAUGUUCAGAUUGUCUACAUACUCAAUGUUCCAUUAUUUCUCAAAAAAUUUAUCGAUUGUUCUUUCUUUGCCAGUACAUAACCAAGGAAUUGGUUAUUGGGGAGCAGUGUCAUUCAGAAGGCGGUAAAACUGUGGGAGAAGCUCCAUUUGGCAUUCCAGUGAAUAUCCACAUCAACGGUAGGUGAUUAUCUGUCUAUCCAUCUUUCUGUCCCUCAGAUUUUCCAACCAUUCAUUUGUCUAUCCAUCUGCAGAAGUGCUUCAGGGGACCCUUAGUGAUUUUUUUUCAAAAUGUUCCCCCACAGAGUGCCCCCCAGUGCUGUUUGAGGUGUCAUGCUUUGAUAAUGGAGUUCAGAUCGGAGGCCAUCCAUGGCACUAUAUCUUCACCCUACCCCAUAAGAAACACCAGGGGUCGUACCGCAUCUGUUCUCUCAAGGAUAACACCCUGGUAAUAUACUCGUACAGAUCUAUCUUUAUGCACUACACAUUGAAUGGGUCGCAAAUAAGUCUCCUGAAUUGUGAGACUAUUUAAGCAUAUUAAGUAUCCUGCUGCUAGUGUGCCUUUUGAGCAUGUCAGUUUCAGAGAGCUGCAGAUGUCUUUGACAGGCAUUGUCUUUAACUGACACAACAAAUGUAUUACUCAGAAAGACAAAUGAUCUCCAAUAAAAGGAUGUUUUGAUGGCUCAGCUGGUUGGAGCAUGGUGCUGGCAGCACCAAUGUUGUCGAGUCAAUUUAUGCGUGGCUGACAAAUACUUUGGGUACUAAGUUGCUUUGAAUGAAAGCUUCUGCUAAAUCAUUAUCCACACACUCAUUUGGCAAACUCUGAUCAAGAGAAUUACAGUAAAUUACAGUAAAAGUCCAAAGUGUUCUGUAGUUGUCAUACCCAGUGCAAAUAACUGUAAUAUUCCCGCUGUACACAUUUCUAAAUAGGCAAAGCAUGGAAUACAAGACAUGAAGUGCUGUUCUCUGGAGUCUGACUGGAUCUACUUCCAUCCUGAUGACUCAGGAAGAAUCAUCCAUGUUGGACCUAGCACCAUAAAGUGAGUUUAAAACCCUUGUCCAUAAGACCAUGCUUUACACUGCUACUUUAUGGUAUUGAGGUCAGUGCUAUUCAUCAAUCAGAUUUCACACAAUGACGUUUCUCUUAUGCCUUUACUGAAUAUUGAAUACUUUCCACCAGUGUGCUGAAAAUUCUGAGUGAACUGGAGAGUGACACUGUGUUCGAUAUAGUGAAGGAGUUUUCCAUCACAGCGCAACGAGACAAUGUGAGUUAACAUAGUGUUUUGGCACCUUUUUAUCCAUUGGUCAUAAUACAUUUUAAAUUAGAUAUAUUUUCUCCAUCAUAAUGAUAGAAGGGUGAAAAGUGCUUCUCUUCCUGUGAUGGAUUCAUAAAACCUCUCGUCUUCUAUCCACUGUAGGCUGCCUCCCAGAUCAGUGUCACCUCCUCAGGCCGCACAGUGAAGAGAAGAUUUCAUCAGCUGGAUGAUGACCCAGACCAAGAGGUACAUUCUAAAGGAUUAGGUUUAGACUGUAUAAUUUCAGCCCAAUCCAUUUUAUAUAGAAGUCCCAUUGCAAAAGUUGCCUCACUGCAGUUAAUGUGUAGCUUAUGUAUACUGAUGAGAAGUUGCACUAUUGUCCUGACCUGACUCCUGACUAAAUUACUUUGAAUGACAUUUCAGUGGCAUUCCAUAUAGGCAUAUUGGUUAUUGCUGGUGAGUGUUUUUGUUGAUGCCUCUUGCUACUUCAAAGACAUUCCGGAUGGUGGAGUAUGAGGAUGAGCUUGAUCUUCUGGCUGUUGUGGAGGUGACCCACAGAGAGGAUGAGGGGAAAGCCCACGUCAGACUCCAUGACAACAACACUGGAGCGUUACUGAAGAGGGUUCCACUUGUGGAGUCUUGGGAUGUGGUUAGUGCUUUAUAAUAUUGUGUAAAUGUAGCCUGAUCCGCCAUCCUGACCAUUGCACUCUCAUUUUGUUUCAACAGAAUGUCAGCUUGCGAGAUCACAAUGGUCGAACAAGGCUAGUGUAAAGGAAGAAAAUGUGGGAAAACGUUCCUUUUCAAAUGAUUUAUUAAUGUAUUAUUUUUUCUUGUUUCAGACUUACAGCCACGAGCUGUUCUUUGACAGAGAUACAAUUGUUCAUAUUGAACAGACGAAGAAUAAUAACUUUUGCUGCCAUGUCUACAAAAUCAGUCGUGGACAAGCAGAUGAGUGAAGUUGAGACAUUCCUUCCAACUGCUAAUGAUGUUAUUCAAAAAGAUUCCUCAAGUAAAUAGCCCCGUUGAAGCUGUUUUUGUAAAAGUAAUUUUUUACACUUUCUUUCCCAAUAAGGACUACAUGUUGUCAUGCUGUUGUUCUUUUCAAGAUGUUGUUGGUAGUCUAAUAAAGUGUCUGAAAUAGUUCUUCCAAAACAACUG